AUGAAUUGCAUUUAUUUUAAUCGGGAUUUUACCUUUUGUGUGACAACGACAGCGUUGGCACUCACGACUCCUCCGUCUUCCGUAAAAAGUUCACACCCGUACGAGUUUGUACGUGGCGGUAAUGCUAAAGCAGAGGCUACUGGAGUUAAACCCCGUGCAAAAGUUACUUCAUCAAAUGGAAGCGAUAAAAGCGGGAAAAAAACAAACGGUGUUCCAUCGUAUGCCGUGUCCAUGGAACCCUUGGUCAAAUAUUCUCAACCCGAUCCAUUGUAUAACGAGGAGGAUAAAAAAGUGAAAGGAAAAUCUUCGGAUGAAAAAAAAAGUGAUCUUGUCAGAGUUAAAAAGGAUGAUUCGUUUGCCGAAGGUUAUGGCGUGCCAAGUAAGAUCUCACCGAAAGUCGGUUUGAUCUAUCCGUACGAUGAUGGUUUAUUAGGCGGCGGUCAUCAACAUUUGGGUUACACCGGACCAGGUUCUUAUUUUGACAAUCAUUAUCCGCAAGAACCUGAGCCCAUAAUCGAAAUCAUUAUUAAAGAAUCAAAUCAAUCACUACCGGCUCCUCCUCCACCGCCGCCACCACCUAAAAAGAAAAAGAAAGAACCAGUUCAAGUUUAUUACGUAAAAUAUAAAAAAGAACCGUCGUCUCACUACGGAGGAGAAAAAAUUGUUUACGAACCUCCCGUGCCAGCAAUUACGCCACCGACUAACAAUGAUAAUCAUCAGGAAGAAGAAGAAAAAGAAGAUUAUCAUCAUUAUCAUCACGAAGAGCCAGUCACUCUCUCUCCUAAGCCCAGCACGACUUUAAAGGCCAUUAUAAGACCCGAUUCGGAAACAUAUCAUGGUAGUGGACUUCAUAUAACUUUUGGAGGUCCCAAAGAAGAAGAUAAUCACUACGGUUCUCAUCCUCAUCAUCACGUUGUCGGAAAUUACGAAGAGCAAUCCGCUCCUCAACCGUCAGUUCUUUUACCACCGAAACCUAAAAUCAAUGCCGCUUCAAAAGUUCAUACCGAGUCUCAACUUAAAAAAAGGAAUCCUGCUCCUUUUCAUUCUCAAACUCCUCCACCACAGCAAUCAUUUUACAAUCAGCAGCAAUCUUAUUCGUCAUUUAACGAUAUCUACAGGCCUACGGCAGUACCUCAAUUCCCUCAAACUCCUCGUUUUGCGGUUCAACCUCAGCCAUUUACUCUUCCUCAACAUUUGUCCAAAGUUCAACCUAAUUUUCCAUCUUCAUCUCAAUCACCGAGACACAAUGCACCCUUGCGCUACACAACACUUCCGCAAUUUCAAAAUUUUCCCAAACAGCAAAAUUUCGCAUUUCCUGGAAGUCAUCCCUCUCAUCCACCUCCUCCUCCACCUCAACCCUCUCCUCAAUUACCGGUUCCUCAGCCUACCCAAACACAAACGGUUUAUUCAAUUAAUCAACCCCAUUUAAAAUCUACGUUUCAAAUAAACCCACGCUCGACUCCGCCACCCUACCAUACAAUCAGCAAUCGCGUUAAUCAACACGGUUUUCCAAAAGCUCAACCGCCAUCUCCAAGUCCGUCUGCUCCAACUUUCCAACAACCUUUAAGACCAACUCCUCACGCACAAGUUUCAUUUUCAAAACCGUCUCCAUUCUCUCAAAAUUCGAAUACAUUUUCUCAAUCGAGUCCCAUUGUUUCUCAAACUUCAUUUUCUCAACAACCAAGGGUUAUAAAUCCUCCACGAAACCAUAAUUUACCACAACCUUCACCAUCUUUGCCUCCUCAACAUCAUCAUUCUUUGCGUGCUCAAGCAGAAAUUGAACAGCAGCGGCAGCUAGCACUAUUAAAUCAGCAACAACGACAACAACAUUUAGAACAAAUAAAACAACACCAGCAAUUUGUUCAACAACAACGUCAACAGCAACAGCAACAACAACAACAAUUAGAGCAACUUAAGCAGCAACAACUGCGUCAAAAACAAAUAGAACAUUUAACACAAUUACAACGACAACAGCAACCAAUCGAUUCAUAUAACCAAUAUCAACUUCAGAAAAACCAACAGCAACAACAACAAAUUGAUCAGUUUAAUAAAUUCCAACAACAACAACAACAACAGCAACAACAAUUGGAACAAUUAAAUCAAAUUCAACGUCAAAAAGAAAUAGAACAAUUUAAUCAAUUACAAAGGCAAAAAGAAAUCGAAGAAUACAAUCAGCGACAACGUCAACAACAACAAAUCGAACAACUUAACCAACUGCACCGUCAACAAUUGCAAACAACAUCGCACCUUGGUCAAGGAUUUCAAAAGCCAAAUUUUGCAAACAAUCAACCCAAACCUCAAUCUGAAUACGAACCUGAAAUAAUUAAAUCCAUUUCUCCAGAUUUUCCUUUCACCGAACCUAGGUACGAGUCGCAGCCAACAGCCGCUUCUCCCACCCCUCCUCCUUCACAAUUUCGCCCGACGUUAAAAUCUAUCACUCAACAAUAUACAGUUCCGAGAACCACGGUGACAACCACCGAACGACCAGUUAAAACGGAAUCUAAAGAACCAGAAGUGGAAUACAUAACGGAAGAUCCUAAAAAGGCUGCCGAAGAAAAAAGGAGAAAAGAAGAAAGGAAAAAACAAAACGUGGCAGCUCUUCCAGAUGAAGUGCCUGAAGAUUUACGUCAGCAACUUCUCAGUUCGGACAUACUUGGUAAUGCUGACAUUCAAAUUUUGGAUUACGAUAAAAUCGGAGACAUUCCAAUCGACAAACUUCCACCGGAGGCUUUGGCAAACUUUCAAGCCGUAGCCGGUAGCAAUCCCGUUCCUUCAAUAGUCAGACCGAAAUUCGGUGAUAAAAAGCCUCGGGAUCAAGUAGACGACAUCGAAGCCGAAGGAUCGGAACCGCAAGGAGUCGCCGUCGCACCUCCCCCAUCGAGCGUCAUGGAAAUGAAAGUUGUGCGAUACAAUCCGGACAGCAAAGAAGGAGCUCAAAUAGCCAAUCAAUACGUUCAACAAGACGCUACCCAAUUGGAACCCGUGGUCUUGAACGAUUCGAGAUACAACAGAUAUCUACCGUUAAAAGUUUCCGGCGCUCAAUUUCCGGUUCCGGACGUUCCAGAGCUCAAAGGUAAAAACGUCACGAGCGUCGUAGUGUUGGCUCCGGUAGAUUACGAAUUUUUACAAAGGGGCGAAGACGUGACGCAAGGAAGAUCGGCUCAUCCCGUGCUGGAAGUUCAAGGCGUUCACUUCGUCGCCGGAGACGUUCUUAAAACUUUGGUAAAAAGACCGACUGCUGAAAAUUAUAAGAUUUGGCUGGAGAAGGAAAAUAGGACGCCCGUAGACAAACAAUCGGUUGUUUUAUUAGUCAUAGAUUCGAAAAAUAAUUCGACGGAUCAAUCGAAAGAAAUAUUCAUGUACGACAUCGGUACGAAAAAAGUGAGCAAAUUAAGCGGAGAAUUAAGUGCUCAAUUUGUUGAAGUGGCAGAAUCAAAUUCGGAAAACGACGAUUUAGACGAUAUAUCGGAUGGUCAAAACGGAAGUUUCACAUUCAAAGAAGCUUCUCAAGUGUCUGGAGCAAACGGUGGACCGCAGCAUCCCGUUAACGCUCAUCCACCCGUACACGGUUCCUCACAUUUGGGAAACGGUAACGUUCCUCCUCAAGUUUCUAAUCACGGUCAAGUGAAGAUAAAGUUCUGUUGUUCAGAUUUAUAA